CGCAGCUAUCCAUAUCAUUGUUUUCAGUGGCCAGUUUUCUCUUUGUAUUUUCAAGAUAAAAAUGACCGCACCUCCCAAAAAAGUGGCAAAGAGUGCCCAGAAGGCAUUUCUUUAGUUGCACGCGAGUGUAAUAAGUGCAAAAUCCCACUGGAUUUGCGGAAAUAGACGUGACAGGUGAAGCGGCUUUGAUUGUUUGGGUUCUUUGAGGUUAGGAUUUGGGCUUCACAGAGGGGCUUGGAUAAAAUCACACGGCACAGCCUCUGAGGGAGUCUCUGAUAUGAUGAAGAAGCGUGCAACUGGGCUCACGACCCAGACACUUCUGGAUUUUGAUCUGGGCGAGAGUUCCUCUGACAGUGAUUUUCGGAUUGAGGAUCACGACGAGGAGAGCGACGACUAUUCUGAGAAUAGUGGUGGCGAGCAAGUUGCAGAAAACAACGAGGACUCGGACUCAGAUUCUGAAGAUGGGUCGGAAAGUGGCAGUUCGGAAACCAAGUACGACCUGAAUGAGCAUCCCAAGGAUGGCAUUCUGUCGGUCAACCACCUCCUGAACCAGGUGAAGUCGAAGCAGGAGAAGAUCGAUCCGAAGCUCUUGAGCACGCCCAUCUGCUGCGCCUGUCUAGGCGAUCGGAGUGACGAUGCGAAUGAGAUUGUGGAGUGCGACGGAUGCGGUGUGACUGUUCACGAGGGCUGCUACGGGGUCAAUGACACGGCCAGCCUCUCCAGCACGGUGUCUUCGUGCUCCACCGAGCCCUGGUUCUGUGAAGCCUGCAAGGCGGGCGCCCAGGAUCCGCCUUGCGAGUUGUGCCCCAACAAAGGCGGCAUCUUCAAGGAGACCGAUGUGGGCAAGUGGGUCCAUCUCAUCUGUGCUCUCUACGUGCCUGGCGUGGCGUUCGGCGAAGUGGACCAGCUGACUUCUGUGACCCUCUUCGAGAUGCCGUACAGCAAGUGGGGCGCCAAGACGUGCUCAAUCUGCGAAGACGCCCGAUUCGCCCGAACGGGAGUCUGUAUUGGCUGUGAUGCUGGAAUGUGCAAAACCUACUUCCACGUAACAUGCGCCCAAAGUGCUGGUCUCCUGUCCGAAGCACACUCUGAGGAAGCCGAUCAUGCCGAUCCCUUCUAUGCGCACUGCAAAAUUCACUCUGACAAAACUCUGCUGAAGCACCGAAGACGGAACUUCCAUGCCAUGCGUCUUAGAAUGGAACACAGGAGACUGGAAACUGAGCAGAAGCGCGCCGAGAAGCCAACUCCAGAGCAGCAGAGGAUUGAUCGGAAGCUGAAGAAGCACAAGAACAAGUAUUUAGCCAACAAGGCCAUUAAGACAGAGCCUUGGGUGCCAACUCAAAAGAUGCCUCGGAUGCUGGCGACCAGCGCAUCUGCGUGUCGGCGAUUGAUGAUCAAGGCUCAGCUGAUGGGUAUUGAUGCCGAGGCGCUGGAAUUCCAAGAAGCACAAAUGAUGGCGCUUGCGGACGUGCGAAAGAAGUGGCACAUUGCUCCGGCGUUUAGUGUAGAAUUCAUCGGUUACUAUCUGGACAGGAUAACGCGUCUGCGGGACUUGAAGAUAAAUCUGCAGGAGCAGCUGGAAUCCAACAGGCGUCUGCUGGACGAGCAGAAGCAUCUGCGGGAGAAAUAUGAUCAAAUGAUGAAGCUGAGCGAGGAGCUCAGCAAAUCGAAUACUCAGCUCAGGGAGAGCAUAACGAAAUUGCAUGGCAUUGUGACAAAACUGUGUCCCAACAAGAGUCUCGUGUCGAUUGAAAACAUAGGAAAACCCGUGGUGAAUGUGGCUGCGGCGACUCCGCCCGCUGGUCGGCCCAUGUCCGUGCCAACAGCGGCUGCCCUUAAGAUGGGCGUGGGAUUUCCGCUCAUCAAUCUUCCGGGGACAAAGAAUGACUCUGGAAAGAUCUUGAGUACUCAGCGCCAGAACAAUGAUGAACUGUUGCACGAGUGCGGCAUCUGCAAGCGAUGCAAUGAUCAGCAUCUCCUGGCCAAGUGCGACACUUGCCACUUCUAUUAUCAUCUGGGCUGCCUCAAUCCGCCGCUCACGCGUCAUCCGAAGAAGUGCAAGCUUUAUGGAUGGCAAUGCUCAGAGUGCGAUAGAUCCGAUGAUUCUGAUGCCGGCACGUCUCUGCCCAAGCGCCAGAGGAAGUCUCGGGCGAGAUACAGCAAGGAUGGAAUUAUCGUGGAAGAGAGUGAUCCACCAGAAGUUGCUGUAAUUGAGAACAAGAACGGACCAAAACCAAUGAAAAUUGCCGACAGAAGGAUGAGUAUUGCAAAGAGGAUGUCGGGAGGAGAUCAGAAACUCGAGGAUGCUUCCUUGCCGGUGGUUCAGAUUGAGGACAUCAUGAAGGCAGUGCCACGUAAGCGUGGGCGUAAGAAGAAAAUCCUCUCCAUAAACAACACCUUUCCGCCAUUGUAUCCAGUAGUGCAGCAAAACAACAUCUCAGUUCAGAACACAAACGCGAAGGAUCAAGUGAACUCAGCUCCUGUCACUCAGCUAUCGUCGCCGCCCAAGAUCACCGUGCAGUCGCCGCCCAAGAUCACCGUGCAGUCGCCGCCCAAGAUCACCGUGCAGUCGCCGCCCAAGAUAUCCGUGCAGUCGCCGCGAACUCUUUCGCCGGAGAAGAACAAAAGUGAGAAGAGGAAGGCGAAGAAGGAGAAGCGGAAUCAUCUGAACUUCGCAACUGACGCAGCAGCACAAUAUUACAUUGAGAAGGUGCCAGACAGUGGCAAGAAUCACAGUGCAGAUGUGGCAUCCUCAUCGGAGAAAUCAGAGGAUCCGCAGGACAAUGCUGAGGUGAAGACAUCACAGAAUGCCGUGGAAUCUCAACAGGAUGGAGACGCAGCGAGUAAGAUUGAGAAGGAUCUCAGCAAAUUCAAUCACAAGCAGAACCGAAAGAAGCGGAAGGAGAAGCACAAGAACAAGCACUCAGAGCUGGAGAGAUUGGCCAACAAGGAGCACAAGAGGAAGCGAAAGAGGAAGUACAAUCUGGAAAAUAACACAAGUGACGCUGCACCGAAUGCAAAUGAUCCUCAUCCGCCGAUCAAGAUCAAACUCAAAGUCAUUCCGUGUCCGUCGGGCCAAGCGAACAGCGAGGCUCAGAUCAUCUAUGUGCCCAGCAAUAGUAAUCCCGAGCCAGUGUGCAGACCCAUGGAGAUUUGCCACACGCCUAAGGCCGGAACGCCCGUGGAUUUGCCAAACCCAAGCAUUAAUCGCAAGGAAAAGGACUUGGAAGAAAAAGAUUCCAAGCAUCCUGAAUCUCAGAGGAAUACAUCACCCCAGUUCAGCCCUAAAAUGGCCAGGAUAAGUUCGCCACGAAGGAAGCGCCAAAGGACGCCUUCACUCAACUUGUCGGCCGGCAGUGCUGAGAAUAGUCGUAAUUCAGCAUCACAAAUGUGCGACGUGUGCUGCCAAUUGGGAACAACCCAGAACUUAGUAAUGUGCGAUGAAUGCCGCAAAAACUACCAUUUUACAUGCUUGGAACCGCCCUUGAAGAAGACACCGAAGCGUCGUGGCUACUCUUGGCACUGCGCGGAUUGUGAUCCAACUGAUAUUGAAACGAUAUAAGGAAUCGAUGAAGUAUUAGCAUCUUAGUAAGGGAUAAUUUAUUGAAUGUUUUUUUGCAUUUUCGAUACAAAUUGGAUAGUGAAUUGUGAGACUUAAUAG